AUGGCUCUGUCGUUCCGCCAACUCGCAGGUAUUCCGCCCUCAACGGCCAGCAUCUCGGACAGCGUGCUGCUCAUCGUCGACGCGCAGGGCGAGUACGCCGACGGCCAUCUCAAGGUCACCAACAUUGCGACGUCGCGGCCCGCCCUGCACAAGCUCUAUGAGCGGUACCGUGAUGGUGGCGGGGACGUGGUGCAUAUCGUGCAUGAGGUCGCGGAGGGUACGCCCGUGUUUACGCCGGGGACAGCGCUGGCCGCAGAGUUCCCCGAACUCCAGCCAAAGUCGGACAAGGAACCAGUCGUGCCCAAGAAGUUCCCCGGGUCGUUCUGCCAGACCCAGCUGAGCGACGUCCUCGCAAAGAUGGGCAAGAAGAAGGUCGUCAUCGUCGGGUAUAUGGCGCAUGUGUGUGUUUCGACCACGGCGCGCGAGGCAAGCCAGCACGGCUACGAUGUCCUUAUUGCCCGUGACGCGAUUGGUGAUCGUGACAUUCCCGGAGCGACUGGCCAGGAGGUCACGGACAUGGUGUGCCAUGAGCUCGGGGAUGCGUUUGGUACUAUUAUCAACUCGGACGAGAUCCAGUAG